AUCAACUGUAGUUUGCUAAAAUAUUUAAAAACAAAGCAACCUCUGGAAAAAGAAAUAAUUAAAAAAAAAAAUUCUCAUAAUCAAUUGAAAUUUGUUUUGGAAGAGAGGCACACGGUAUAAUUAAACAAAUUACAACAUAAAAAUGAAAUUAAUUAGCAUAUUAAUAUUUGUAAGCAUAGUUUGCAUACACCAAAUAUGUGGUCAUAAGAUUCAUAAAAGGCAAUUGGACAUCUCAAACAAGGAACUAAACACUAAGGUUUUGCUGAAUGCAACAAACCUUGAGGCUCCAAAAUCCCCAAAAACAACAACAACUUUAGGCGAAAGGCUCCCAGAACAGACAACAAUAGCAGUGAAUUCAAUGACACAGAAUUGGAGUUUAAUUCCCUUAACAGAAGCACCUGAAAUAUUAUCUCAUCCAUUCGUUGAAGAAACUGAUCAAUCCAACGAGUCUGAUCUCAAAGAUGAAGAAAACCUUCAAACUGAAAAUCCUCAAGAACUCAACGACACAAAUUCAUCUAAACCUGCAGAAACCAUGUCCAUCUUGAAUAUUAUCAGCAAGCCCGUACAAAUUGUAAAAGAAGAUUGCACAUGUUUCUCAAUUCAUCAUCCCUCGCCAAACACACUCAAAACUACCCAGAAGUUCGAAAACUCUACAACAUCAAUUUCAUCCGAAAUCGAAUCAGAAUAUGGUGUUUUAUUCGAAUUUGCACCAGCAGGUGUCUUGCCAAAAGUUAAUGAAACCCUAAACAAUAAAACUUCUCAAGAGAUUGCACUUAAUGAGGAAACAACCUUUUUCGAAGAAUUCAUACCAUUUAUAUCAUUUCAAUCUUUGUUUAGCAAAAUAAUGCCUCAAGACACUAUUAUAAUUCAAGCUGAAUCUUCUGGAGUAGAACCAUUGAAAUUGGACCCGAAAUCAGGAGCAGACUCAAUCAAAAAUGUAACUGAUCCAAUAAAAAUACAAGAAAAUACAACUUCCACUCAGAAAAGUAAUGAAACCGAAAAAUUUAAUGAGAAAAAAACGAUUUUAGCUUGAAGAUUUCUUAAACUAUUUGAAAAUAUUUUAUUUUUAAUUUUAUUUGUUUAAUGUAGUUUGGAAUGGAUUCAUUUAUUUGAAAACAAAUGCAAUCCACAUAGAUUCCACAACUUUCAUUCUUAUUGUGAAUUUUUGUUUGUUUUUUAAUAAAUUUUUGGAAAUUUUCAGUGGAAAA